AAGUCUAUUCAUGAUGAAAUGUCAAAGCAUACUGAGCAUCUUUCUCUUUGACACCAUGUCUGAAAUCCCACGUGAUCUGUCAAAUACUAAUGCAUGAAAAUCCUAACCUCAAAAAAAUCACCCGUUAGUAGGUCGAAUUCCAACGUAUUUUCACGUCCAAAAUUGGUUUUAGCAUUUAGCCUUCAGCUACUCCGGUAGCAGCUUGCAUAUUUCGAAGAUCAUCAUUAGCUUUCAAGAAUGAUAGAGAAAGAGAUUGCGCAAUGCGCAUGUUUGCUUUCAGUCAGCUGUUCUUGAUGACGUCACAGUUGACUUAUUAUUCGCCCGCGCUUUUGAAAGUGAAUUCGAAUUGUUGUAUAAAUUGUUAAAUUCUAUAUUUUUAAAAUGCGUUGUGCAGUGUUCGGUUGUAAUAAUAACAAUGGUAAAAAUAGUGCUGCGAAGUGGAGAUUUUUUCAUUUCCCUAAGGAUAAAGCCGCAUUAAAACAAUGGAUUCAUUUUUGCCGUCGGACGGACAAAAUUAACGUUAAAAAUGCGUGCGUUUGUGAAGUGCACUUCGCGCCGGAAGCUUUCGAAAGAAAUUUGCAGUUUGAAAUGGGUAAUUAUAGCAUUUUGAUAACAAUAAUUUUACUUUUAUAACCCAACACUCUUGCAGGUUUAAGUUCGCGGAAUCCAACGAAGUUGCUACCCAGCGCUUUUCCCACGUUAACCACUGCUCCUGCAGAGGCUAAUGAAUGGCAGAAGAGGAUGGAGUCUCUUUCCAAAAAAGAGAUGUUGACAACAAUCUUGAAGAAUACCGACCCUGUUGAAGUAUGUGUAUUUCCUAUUCUUUUUAGACAAAGGCUGAAUAGUGUUGUUAGCAGAAAUUAAACGCCUCAAGAUUUCCAUUAAAACUGCGGAAUUCCAUAGAAAUAAUUUGGAGCAAAAACUUAGCUGCAUUUUCACCAACGGCCAGAUUGAAAAAUUAAGGGAUGGAAACAAACGGCGGAAUUAGAAAGAAGAAGACAUAGCUAAGUCGAUCACGCUAUAUUCAACGAGCCCAAAAGCGUACAAACUUUUGAGGAGAAACAACUUUCCUCUACCAGGUGUGCGCACUCUGCAAUGGUGGUCAAAAAAAAUUGACGUAGCUCCAGGUGUCAUAGAGCCGGUGAUGAAACUGUUGAAGGCAGCAACUGAGCUAACACAAGCGCAAAAAAUUUGUGUACUCAGUUUUGAUGAAAUGAAGGUCAGAAAGAGUUACUGCUACGAUAGAUCCACUGAUUCGACAUUGACUGCAAAAUGAUUAUGACUGCAAAAUGACGAAGGAAGUAUUGUUUAGCAUUUUGUCAAACGUUAAAAAGUGCGGUUACAAUAUUGUUGCCAUUGUAAGCGAUUUGGGUGGAUCAAAUAGAGGCUUAUAUAGUGAUCUUGAUAUUAAUGCGGAGAAACCUUGGUUUUCACACAACGGAGACAGGAUUGUGGUUUUUGCUGAUGUCCUCCACUUAAUAAAACUACAAAGAAAUCAUUUUUUGGAUAAGGGCUUUACUAUCAAUGGAAAAAUUGUUAGAAAAGACAUAAUUGUGAAGCUGCUCUCGCUAACGUCCAACGAGCUGUCCAUCACGCACAAAAUUUCCCAGAAACAUUUGUCUCUGACAGGCCACAAAAUUGUUCUCCCACACAAUUGCUCAAGCAAUAACUCGAGCGGCUAGUUUAGGUCUACUAGAUAACGAAAAUUGGGAGGAAUGCCAUCGACUUUUCAAAAUUACAAGUGACUGGUUUGACGUAAUAAAUGUCAGGGUGCCCAAAGAUGGAGUGAGGGAACGAUUGCACGCCUACGGUUUGGCUUUGAACAAACAAAAUAAUGUAUUGGAACAGAUGACGGAGCUGGUUUCAUCAAUGAGAGUCAUUGGUAAAAAUGGUUUGCUUCCAUUCCAAAAAGCAAUAAUGCUUUGAAAUUGCUGCUGGAUGACUUAAGACAGCAGCACAAAAUUGAUUACGUUUUGACCUAUCGAUUGAACCAGGACGUUUUGGAAAAAUUUUUUGGCGUAAUCAGGUCAAAAGGCGGUCUUCACGAUCACCCUGACAGGCAGGAAUUCAAAUAUAGGCUGCGUUCCUAUAUACUUGGUCACAACGAAGGAGCGAUCACAGAAGAAGGCAAUGUUGAAGUCGACAACACACCAAAUUUGGAAGGAAAUUACUUAUCUCUAACCGGUAAUAUUUUUCAACGUGUGUCAGUUGAUCUGAAUUCCACUGACCCAAUCGAAAAAAAUGAUGACUUGGAGAUUCUCAACAACGACGGACUUGAGAAUUUGGCAGGGUACAUCUGCCACAAACUCGGUAAAGACAACCCCGAAAUUUGUGCCAAUUCCGAAAAUUGUUCGUCCCAUACUUGGGUGGAUCACCUUUCUGAAGGAGGAGUCUCAAAACCAACAGAUAUGUUGAUGGAGCAUAUGAGAGCCUUGCAAGCAAUAUUUGACGACGUCAAUGGUAAUGAUUUGCAUAUAUGUACAAAUUACGUCCAGAAGCACAUAUGUAUGUAGAUUUAAGUGAUUUUGUAAAUUGUAGCUCGAAAAUAAAAGAAUUAUUUUUCAGAGCUAGAAUGUAUUUUAGGAUUCGUUCCUUAAAUAAAAAGGCACAAUUCCGAUUUCUUUGGCGCCGCGAUUUGAAGGUAGAAGAGGAAGUCCUCCUGAUUAAAAAACAUAUAAGGUUAUAGGGUCCGCAAACGCUUAGUUUAGGAGAUAUUCGGCCUUAAAGUUCAAAAACUCGCAAAAUUGGACCAUUUCAAGGAGUUAUUUCACCACUUUCAACACACUUUUUUCUCAUUUUUCACAUCAAAUUAAUUAAAUUGCACUAUAAUCUUUUAAAUAAACCUAUAUUUACUCUUUUAGCACGUUUUUUACAUAAAAAAUCUUUAUUUUAAAAAUCACAUUUUACACUUGUGUGAACCUCAUUUGUUUACCAAAAAUUACGACGCAAUGGAGCGCUGCCAUGUGAUGAUAAGGCAAUUCGCUGAAAUUCCUCUUUUUCGCAAAAAUUCCUCUAUUCAUGCAUAUGAAUAUUUUCUUUUUUAAAUUUAUUGAGCAAAUAAGUAAUAUUAUAUACAUGUAUUAAUAUUAUAUGUAUAUACAUACAUAUGUGUAAAUAAUAUUAUAUAAUAAUAUUACGUAAUAAAGUGUGAAGUAUACAGUACAGUACGAAAACUCUAAUUUUAUUUCAAUAUGUGUGCAUGAUAACCAAAAAAUAUAACCACUUCAUACCCAAAACCCAUAUUUUAAAUAUAAUAAUAUAUAUAUUGUCACCUAAAAUACAAACCAAUGUAUCAUCAAAAAUAAAUGGAAAUCGCUGAUAGAUAUAAUAACCAAAAUUUACCAUUUUAUAACGAAAACUUAAAUUUUGAGUGCAUGAUAACCAUAAAUUAAACCACUUUAUACCGAAAAGCCAAUAUAUUUUUUUUAUUUUCAACGCAGAAAGGGGUACUACGCGAAAGUACUUCAGUCACCCCGGGUAUUCGCUCGGCCAGGGUUAUUUUUUUAGAGCGCGGCCGAAGGCCGCCAACGCAGAAAGGAGUACUACGCGAAAGUACUUCAGUCACCCCGGGUAUUCGCUCGGCCAGGGUUAUUUUUUUAGAGCGCGGCCGAAGGCCGCCAACGCAGAAAGGUUCACUACGCGAGAGUACUUCGGUCACCCCGGGUAUUCGCUGAUGAUUUUAUUAUAGUAUAAAAUUGUAAUAUGUACAUAUAUAAAAAUGUUAUAUUACAAUCAUAUGUAUAAUAUAAUAGGGGUAUUCUCUUGCUCUUGCAUGAUUGCAGAUUGCAAAAAUACUACACCGAAAUAUACAAAGGCACGAGAGCAUCCAUUGCAGAAUCUAGUGAUAUAUGAGCGACUGAUUCAGUCAAUUUAUUGUAAAUGACUAUUGUGCAUGGCUAUUGUGAAUUGGCGCACCUUCUGCAUACAUUUUUAACAAAAAAAACUGUAAUAAAACUUUAUAAUUUAAAUAGAAAUUAUAAAAUCUAAUUAAAAUUUACCUUCCUCAACAAUUUAACGUCAAAAUAUGACUUUAUGUAAAAUGGCAACUACAACAGGGUUGCAAUUUUAUUUUUGCGUGACAUUGCACGCUAAUAUACAUGGGUUUUGGUCUGACAUAUUUCACAGCCCUUGCAAAUAUUUUUCUGCGUGUGUUUGUUGUUGUGCCGUUGUAAAUCUGCAAUGCUUGCACCGUGCACCGGGUUUUGCAAGAGCAAGAGAAUACCCCUAAUAUUAUCACACGAUUUUACUUAUCUGUGUUUAUUAAAUAAAAAUCACAUAUUAUUCAUAUAUGUAUGUAUGUAUAUAGAAAAGUGUUCACAUAUUCAAUUUUAGCUUGAAAAAUCUUCUUUAUAGUUUGUUUAUAGUUAAUAAAGAAAAAGGAAUCACUCGAAAGUACAAACAAAGAAAACGCUGUGAAACGCUAAAAAAACCUUCACUUUUGGUUUUUAAGGUGUGGCAAUGCUGGUUUUCCUCGUAAAUAUAAACACUCUAAGCCUUUCAGCCAUAAAUUUGGUAAGUGAUUUUAAAUUACUAAAUUUGGCUGAAAAAUUACAAAAUAAAAGUGAAAAGUGAACUUAUUUCAAUGUUAAGAGUGUAUAUUUAAAUAUAGUGAGUGAAAAACGUCGGGAGGAUGGAGUCAUGUGUAGAAGUUCACGCAAGUGAGGAAAGUUCUCUGAUCGCCAUUCACUUGGGAGUGGCCAGAAACGAUUCUUUUACAUAUGACUCAAGCAGCUCACGACUUCCGGUCUUUGACCAAGUAUCCUCUGGGUAGCCUAAGAACAUCCGUUUGAAGGCGAGCUAACGUGAGAAGGCGAAACAUCCCCUGCAUAGGGUUGUGCGCUGGGUUUGGGACCCGCCACGUAAAAAAACACCCCCAAUGAAAAAGCAAACACAGCCUCGGAUGAGAGACCCCCCUUUUGAUGUCGACCAUGGCAAACGAAAUAAGGACUAUGAUUUGAGGGCAUGCACCUGGAAUGUCCGGUCCCUUAAUUGGGAAGGUGCCGCUGCCCAGCUGGUAGAUGUCCUCGUAAAGAUAAAGGCUGACAUCACCGCCGUCCAAGAAAUGCGAUGGACGGGACAAGGACAGAGACGAGUAGGUCCUUGUGACAUUUACUACAGUGGCCAUAUAAAGGAGCGCAAGUUUGGUGUUGGAUUCGUGGUGGGAGAGAGACUCCGUCGCCGAGUACUAUCAUUCACUCCGGAGAAUGAACGUCUAGCCACAAUCCGCAUCAAAGCGAGGUUCUUCAACAUAUCGCUGAUUUGCGCCCACGCCCCGACGGAAGAGAAGGACGAUGUGACCAAAGAUGCUUUUUAUGAGUGCUUGGAGCGCACUUAUGAGAGAUGCCCCCGCCACGAUGUCAAAAUCGUGCUUGGCGACUUCAACGCCAGGAUGGGCAAAGAAGGUAUCUUUGGCACUACGGUCGGUAAAUUCAGCCUCCACGAGGAAACAUCCCCAAAUGGGUUGAGGCUGAUCGACUUCGCCGGGGCCCGAAAUAUGGUUAUCUGUAGUACUAGAUUCCAGCAUAAGAAGAUACAUCAAGCUACACAGCUUGAUAAGCUGGCCGACAGGGGUAAUGCUCGAAAAUUCUACGAAAAAAUGCGGCGACUUACAGAAGGUUUCAAGACCGGAGCAUACUCCUGUAGAACCCCCAAAGGUGAUCUAGCCACCGAUGCCCAGAGCAUACUUAGAUUAUGGAGGGAACACUUCUCCAGCCUGCUGAAUGGCAGUGAACACAUAGCACCAGGAGAAGGCGAACCCGAUACCCCAAUCGAUGACAAUGGAGCAGACGUUCCAUUGCCUGACCAUGACGAAGUUCGAAUAGCAGUUGCCCGCCUGAAGAACAACAAAGCGGCAGGGGCAGACGGAUUGCCGGCCGAGCUAUUCAAACACGGCGGCGAAGAACUGAUAAGGAGCAUGCAUCAGCUUCUUUGCAAAAUAUGGUCGGAUGAGAGCAUGCCCAACGAUUGGAAUUUAAGUGUGCUAUGCCCAAUCCAUAAAAAAGGAGACCCCACAAUCUGCGCCAACUACCGUGGGAUUAGCCUCCUUAAUAUCGCGUAUAAGGUUCUAUCGAGCGUAUUGUGUGAAAGAUUAAAGCCCACCGUCAACAAACUGAUUGGACCUUAUCAGUGUGGCUUCAGACCUGGAAAAUCAACAACCGACCAGAUAUUCACCAUGCGCCAAAUCUUGGAAAAGACCCGUGAAAGGAGAAUCGACACUCACCACCUAUUCGUCGAUUUCAAAGCUGCUUUCGAUAGCACGAAAAGGAGCUGCCUUUAUGCCGCAAUGUCUGAAUUUGGUAUCCCCGCAAAACUAAUACGGCUGUGUAAACUGACGUUGAGCGGGACCAAAAGCUCCGUCAGGAUCGGGAAGGACCUCUCCGAGCCGUUCGAUACCAAACGAGGUUUCAGACAAGGCGACUCCCUAUCGUGCGACUUUUUCAAUCUGCUGCUGGAGAAAAUUAUUAGAGCUGCAGAACUGAACCGAGCAGGUACAAUCUUUUAUAAGAGUGUACAGCUGCUGGCGUAUGCCGAUGAUAUUGAUAUCAUCGGUCUCAACACCCGCGCCGUUAGUUCUGCUUUCUCCAGACUGAACAAGGAAGCAACGCAAAUGGGUCUGGCAGUGAACGAGGGCAAGACGAAAUAUCUCCUGUCAUCAAACAAACAGUCGUCGCACUCGCGACUUGGCACUCACGUCACUGUUGACAGUCAUAACUUUGAAGUUGUAGAUAAUUUCGUCUAUUUAGGAACCAGCAUUAACACCACCAACAAUGUCAGCCUAGAAAUCCAACGCAGGAUUACUCUUGCCAACAGGUGCUACUUCGGACUGAGUAGGCAAUUGAAAAGUAAAGUCCUCUCUCGACGAACAAAAACCAAACUCUAUAAGUCGCUCAUAAUUCCCGUCCUGCUAUAUGGUGCAGAGGCUUGGACGAUGACAACAACCGAUGAGUCGACGUUGCGAGUUUUCGAGAGAAAAGUUCUGCGGAAGAUUUAUGGUCCUUUGCGCGUUGGCCACGGCGAAUACCGCAUCCGAUGGAACGAUGAGCUGUACGAGAUAUACGACGACAUCGACAUAGUUCAGCGAAUUAAAAGACAGCGGCUACGCUGGCUAGGUCAUGUUGUCCGGAUGGAUGAAAACACUCCAGCUCUGAAAGUAUUCGACGCAGUACCCGCCGCGGGAAGCAGAGGAAGAGGAAGACCUCCACUCCGGUGGAAGGACCAAGUGGAGAAGGACCUGGCCUCGCUUGGAAUAUCCAAUUGGCGCCACAUAGCGAAGAGAAGAAACGAUUGGCGCGCUGUUGUUGACUCGGCUAUAAUCGCGUAAGCGGUGUCUACGCCAGUAAAGAAGAAGAAGAGUGAAAAACGUGAAAAUAUUCUGUGAAACAUGGAGAAAUAACAUGUGUUCUUAGGGCAAAUUUUGAAUUUUUAAACGUGAAUAUUUUUAAAAAUAUUAGCUAUUUUUACAAAAUUGGAUUGGAUAUUCCUCCUCUAGAGAAGCCCCCCUAUCCGUACAUACCCCAUUUUCCCGGAAAUUCGGUUUUUUUACCCCUCCGCCAAAGUAAUCGGAAUCGUGCCAAUAAAAACA